UCUGCCCCAGACUGGAAGCCGAGGAGCCACCACUGACUCAGAAGGGUUGGACAUGUCUGAGGCACCAUCCUGUCCCAGCGACGAGACUCCUACCCCUGUCUGUGAUCUGAAGACCCUGUACUGGGCCUGUGUCCACAAUGACCCCGCUGAGCUUCAAGCAAGGCUGGAUGCCGGGGUCUCCCCAGAGGAGGUUUCCCAGACAGACAGCAAUGGGAGGACAGGCCUCAUGGUGGCAUGCUACCGUGGCUUUGGUACCAUUGUGGCUCUGCUCAGUUGCUGUCCUUUCCUGGAUGUGAACCAACAGGACAAAGACGGAAACACAGCCCUCAUGUUGGCUGCUCAAGCAGGUCACAUGACUCUGGUGACUCUCCUGCUCAACUACUUCGCUGGCCUGGACCUGGAGCGCAGAGACCAGCGGGGACUCACGGCUCUGAUGAAGGCUGCCAUUCGGGACCGCUCUGACUGUGUGGCUGCCCUCCUCAUGGCCGGUGCUGACCUGAACUCCGUGGAUCUGGUCCGUGGCAAGACAGCCUUGGAGUGGGCUGUUCUGACUGACAGCUUCAACACAGUGCGGAGGAUCCGGCAACUGCUUAGGCGGCCCCAGGCAGAACAGCUCAGUCAGCAAUACCAGCCAGAGUGGCCAGCCUUGGCCCAGCUUGUGGCCCAGGCCCAGGCUGCUCCAUCUCUCCUAGAAAGGCUGCAAGCUACCCUGAGCCUCUCUUUUGCUGAGUGUCCACAGGAAGGGGGUGUUCUGGACCACUUUGUGACCGUCACCACCAGCUUGGCCAGUCCUUUCCUCACCACGGCCUGCCUCCCACUAUGCCCGGAUCACCCACCCAAGCUAGGCACUCGAGGCAAGUCAGUGCCCGAGCUGCUGGGUACUGUCCCUGCCCCUCCCCCAGCACCCCAGCCUCCUCAGGUUGUCCCUGUUCCCCAGGCCUUUGUCCCCUACCAGAGCCCUCGAAGUAUGCUCUCCCAGUGGCUACAGUCCAGGGACAGUACUGGUACCAGGUCACAGAUCCCCAAGACCCCCAAGAUCCUCCUCUCCAGGGCACCCUCUCCCUCUAGGCAGUGUGAGUUGAUAUUCAGGCCUGCAGGGCCGCCAAGUCUGGCUCUUCCCCUCUGGAGAUACCAGGAGAGGAAGAAGCAGAAAGAAGGAGCAAAGAACCAUGGGGUGGUGGGCUAA